AUGAAAUCUGGUGUCAGUUAUGGUUCUCCAGUUGAUGUUAUAACUGGAAGUUGGAAUGUCAAGUCAUUACCUGCUGGUUUGAGUCAAUUACAGAACUUGAAAACAUUAACACGAUAUACUGUGGGAGAUGAUGCAGAGAACAACAUAGGACAAUUAAGGUCAUUGAAUCCCUUUGGUGAACUUGUUUUGGAUAACCUCGAGUGGGUGAAGAAUGCUGAUGAUGCUAUAAAAGCUGAUAUGGGUAACAAACGACUUAUUCAGACAUUAAUAUUAUGUUGGAUGAAAUUUGGUUUGGGAAAAGAUGAAUAUUGUUUGAUGGAAAAUGGGGAGGAGUUGUUGGAAGCCUUGAAACCUCCCAGUGGAGUAAAAAAGCUUGCAGUUAGAUGUUAUCCAGGCAAACAAUUUCCAAUGUGGAUGGAAGAAAUGCAACAAUUCCAAUAUCUACAUCAUAUCGAACUAUCUGAAUGCAGAGAAUGUAAGCAACUCCCUCCACUUGAGAUAUUACCCAUUCUUGCGUAUCUGAGUAUCAGUGGCAUGGAUGGCAUCAAACACAUUCUUAACAACAGCAGAGGCAAUGCGCUGCAAUCAUUCCCUGCAUUGAAGGAGUUGAUUUUAUAUGGAAUGAAGAACCUAGAGGGGUGGUGUCUGGAGGAGGGUAAAGAAGCAAAUCUGUCCUUGUUUCCGUGCCUCACUCGAAUGGAGAUUACUACAUGCCCCAAGUUGACAACCAUGCCAUCCAUUCCAACUCUCCGAGACUUAUAUAUAGAUCAAUCAUUCUGUGAGACACAAAUCUCUCUAUUGUCCAAAGAAAGAAGAUUCUUCAAGCAUUUGGAAUCUCUUCAGAGUUUAACUAUAAAGUCUUGUCCUGACGAGUUGGUUUCGUUACUGGAAGAUGAAGAGGAGACAAGAACCAUGAAGUCAUCACUUAAGAACUUAGAUAUUGACAAUUGCAAUCAGCUAUCAUUGACAUUGGUUUUCCAGAACCUUCCAUCUCUAAUACAACUGGAGGUGGGGUCGCUUGAAAAGCUGGUGUCCUGGCCUGACGAGAUACAAAGUUUGAAGUUCCUCAAUGAUCUGACAAUUAGUUCUUGUAGGUAUUUUACUGGUGUAUCAUCGCAGGGUGACUCUGGUCCACCGUUUCUGAAGAGCCUUCGUGUUUCUGGCAGUGAUGCCCUGAGAGAAUUACCCACUUGUCCCACAUCACUCCAGGAUUUGAGUAUUGUCAAUUGUCGAGGCAUGGAGUCUUUGGGGCCAAAAAUGGGACACCUUACUUCACUAUCCAGAUUAGAAUUGUUUCAUUGUCCUAAGCUGGUGUCUCUUUCUGAUGGGAUGCAAGCCCUCACUUCCUUUAAGUAUCUACAUAUUAUAGAUUGUCCGAUGCUGAAGUCAUUCCCAGAAGGCCUGCAACAACUUCUUCCUACUCUGAAAGCACUAACAAUUAAAAGAUGCCCGGAGCUAGAGAGGUUAUGCAAGCCUGGAGGAGACUAUUACAACCUUCUCUCUUCCAUCUCAUAUAAACAAAUAGGAGAAGAAUCAAAGCCAGAAGAGACAAUUCAAGUUCCUCAUGAGAUUAGCACCGGUGCCAAACAAGCUUUGAAGUGCAUCACCACAAAUCGGUUCUUUCUAUCAGCGAUUUUGAUUUGUGCUAUUGCCUGUUUCAUAAAUUUCCUUUUCAACCAACUUGAUAGCCAGAAUGAGGAAGAGUUUUGGUAUAUCCCACCAACAUGAAGACAAAAAACACAAGGAGUCUUAACUUAGAAUGAAAAGGAAGCAUAUCAUUUCCAAAUACCAGUUCAAUUAUUAAGUUUAAUUCUUGGUACCCGAUUUGUGAAUAUUUAUGAUAUGUAUAUUAUUUCUUGGAGAUGAACCAAUAGUCCAAUGAAAGCACCCAAAAUCUCAAUGGGAAUAGGCAAGUUGUUUCUUAACUAGUA